UACCUACCAAAUAAAAGACAUGUUCAGGAAGACCAUCUACCAAAUAAAAGACAUGUUCAGGAAGACCAUCUAAUUCUCCGGAAAGGAUCAAUUGAAAUCCUCGAAUUGUUUCUGCUAGACCAACAUAUUUUCCUGGAGAAAUUUUUCUUAAUCCCGAAAUUACCCCUCAGUAAAAACCCUAAAACAUACGAUAUCUUUCUUUUCUCCCUUCCUGUUGCACUCUGCGUUCUUUCUUCCUCUUCUUGUUGCAGAUUCUCCCCAACUUCAGUUCCAAUUUGGAAGUAUCUUCAGUCCAGAGCAGCGCAUGAUAGUCGUAUAUUUGGUGAAGCCCUUCGUAGACUGGAACUUAACUUUCCACGUCCAAUUGAAAAUAAGUAUUAUCUAGUUGAUGCAGGAUAUCCUCACAUGAAGGGAUAUAUGGCUCCAUACAAAGGAGAUAAUGUGAGAUAUCACCUAGCACAAUUCCGCCGCGGCGCAACAAGACAAUUGCGAGAGCCAAGAGCGCGAAAAUUUAACUAUUUGUAUUCUUCUUGUAGAAAUAUUGUAGAGCGCACAUUUGGGGUUUGGAAAGCAAGAUGGUCUAUUUUGCGAGACAUGCCUUUCUAUCACAUUGACACUCAAAGAGACAUCGUACUUGCUACUAUGGCCAUUCAUAACUAUAUUAGAAAGAAAUGCAAUAUGGAUGAUACAUUCCGAGCAGUUGAGAAUGAGAGAUAUGUUCCAUCUGUUGAUCCUGAUGUUGGUACAUCUUUGAGAGCUAAUAACAAUAUAAAUGCGAAAAAUGUGGAAGAGCAAAGUGAUCUUGUUUGGAUGGGUCUCCGCGAUUUGAUUGCUAAUGAAAUUUGUGAAGCUUGAUACUUGUAGUUGUAUGAAUCUUUUAAAACACUAAUAUUUAUUAUUUCACAUUCCAAUUGAGAAAUGUUAUUUUGUUUCGUUCUCUUGAAA